AUGAGUUCUGACUAUGCAAAGCCAUAUUUGGACUUUAUAGGAGCAUUUGACAAGCUUUUUCUAAUAAAAUCUAACGAAUCUGUUGAAGAUAUGUGCAAUAUCAUCAAAAAUGUUCUGAUUUCGAAGUAUCAACUUACAGAAAGCCAACUCUCGCUGAUAAUUUUAAAAGCAAUUCAAUACAAUUAUGCUUCUUUGGAGAAUUAUAAAGAAAUAUCCAAGAAUCUCAGUUAUGAAAUUAAGGAACUUUCUAAUUUAUCAUUUCCAUCGAUGAGUCCCUUCAUUUUUGCUGUUGUGCAUGAUAAAAUCGAUAUAUUUAAGGAGUAUAUCACUCCAAAAGAAUUCAACAGUGAUAUUUUUUUAGAAAUUCCUUCAUUGGAAAGAAAGGAGAGUUUCAAUUUAUCAUUAAUUGAAGCAUGUGCAUAUUUUGGAUCUGUAAAUAUUUUCAACUUCUUAAUUUCGAAUCAUAAUUUUACAUUAUCAGAAAAAUGUCUUCGAUGUUCAUUAAUCGGUAGAAAUAGAGACAUUAUCAACGAAUGUCUAAAGUACAAUCAAAUAGAUGUAGAUUGUCUCAUGGAUAUUGUAAGUUCACACAACAAUGAAAUGUUUGAAUUCGUUUUAGAUAGAGAUCUAUUUACUUCUGAAGAUCCCCAUGAAUAUGAGUUUAUUAUCGACGAUAUUAUCAAAUACCAAAAUUUGAAAGCUGUUUUCAUACUUUUCGAGCGAGAAAAAAGCUUCAUUGUUCCAUGGUGUGCUGCUUUUCCUCAAACAAUAGAUAUUCUCAAAAAUGAAAAACUUACAAAUAAAAUUGAUCGUAGGAAACGAAAUAUGAUACAUUAUGCUUGCAUGUCACAAAAUUCCGAUGUUUUAAAAUUUUUAUUUGAUUCAACUAAUAAAAUUGAUGUCGAUUAUCAUGAUACAUAUGAAAUGACUGCUCUUCAUUACGCCACAAUGUAUAAAAAUAUAGAUGCAGCAAGAAUUCUUAUUUCACAUGGUGCCGAUGUCAAUGCAAAAUCUAUUCUGUUUCAUUUCAUAUCAGUCUUUAUUAUAUAG